CUCCCCACUCACUCGUGGAAGCAGAGACGUUGGAGCCGCUCUGCUCGGACGUAUCGCAGGGUUUUGGCUCCUUGUUGAGGAUGUGCUUUGGAAAUUGAUCAAAGUUGCUCGCUGUCUUCCCUAAAUACCCAAGUGUUUCUGUUCUCAGAAUGAAGAAGUGAAUCAUCUGGGAUCACAAUAAUGGCUGUCCAGGCUGGCAUCCAGGUGUGGUUCGGUGAGAAGUUUGAUGCCCCCUUGCUGAGCCCCAGGAGCCCUCGCAGCCCAUUAGUGCAGCGGCAUGGCCCCGGCCUCACGGACGUCUUCCAGUAUGACCAGUGGCUGGCAGUGCGGCACGAGGCCACGCUGGUGCCCAUGCAGGAGGAUCUGGCCAUCUGGCUCACUGGCAUGCUGGGAGAGGAGGUGAGAGCCGAGUUUUUCAUGGAGGAGCUGAAUAACGGCGUGAAGCUCUGCCAGCUUAUCGGUGUGCUGCAGACCAAGAUCGCCGAGAGCUGCCCCUCCGCGCUCAGCAAGCUGUUUCCCACAAGGAAGGUAGCAUGCAAGCGGGAUGCCUCUCCAGGCUCCUUCUUCGCUCGCGACAACACCGCCAACUUCCUGGCCUGGUGCCGACACAUCGGUGUGGAGGAGACCUACUUGUUUGAGUCUGAAGGCCUCGUGCUGCACAAGGAGCCUCGGCAGGUUUGCCUCUGUCUGCUGGAGAUCGGUCGCAUCAUCUCCAAGUACGGUGUGGAGCCUCCUGUGCUGGUGAAGCUGGAGAAAGAGAUUGAAAUGGAGGAGACUCUACUCCUGACAGAGGAGCCACCUCCAGCCGUCAAAACCUUCAGCGUGUGCUGCCAGCACGGCGGCCUCUACCAACCCGGGGAGCAUGGCAUGGACAGCCCACCCUGCAACUGCUCCAACAGAGUUUCCAUCGAGUACCUGUCUGAGGGACGCUACAGACUUGGAGAUAAGACCAUCUUUAUUCGGAUGCUUCAUGGUAAACAUGUGAUGGUGCGUGUCGGUGGCGGCUGGGACACUCUGCGUGGCUUCCUGCUGAAAUACGACCCGCUGCGAGUGCUGCAGUUCACCACUCUGGAACAGAAGAUCCUGGCUUUCCAGAAAGGCCCCCCAGGCCUUGGGGGUCACCAUGGGAGUUCAACUCCUCCCCCUCCUCCUGACAUGGACCCGCUCGCUGCUGUCAAUGAUCUCAUGUCCCCUUCAUCCUCUUCCUCUUCUUCCUCCUCUUCUACCUCUUCUUGCUCUUCAGCCCCAGCCUGUAAGCCAACGUCUGCAGCUCAGACAUGUCGGUCCUACAAUGCCUCCCCAGCCUGCACACCCACAUUGCCCAGGAAGGGUUCAGUAUCUGUGCCUAAGAAGAACUUCCAGAUAACUGCUUCCUUCCCCAGGAAGCCCACUCAGCUUCCUCUGCCUGCCACAACCAAAGGUUCCUCCUCUCUCCCCUCCACACCUGUGGGAAGUACUUCCAGGCAGUCCCCUAGCCCUGGGUGUCAAGGUGUGCCGGUUCAGUGUAGAGCUCAAUCUCCAGCUGCAACUCCAUCACCUGCUCCUGUGGAUCCAAGCCCUGCCUCCAAACUGAAGCUCAAACCGCCACCUCGCUGUGCCUCCUCUCAGCCCAGGAGCCCUGUCUGCCCUGAGCCAUCCUCCAAAUGUCUCAAGCCCUCCAGCCCCUGCACCUCUCCCCCUGCUGUCCCAGUGCCCCGCCCUAUUACUGCACCAGUACGGGCAGCUACCACUAAAGAUGCCCGCCCCCCAUCAGGUGCCAGUCAGCGCUCUCGCCUAGCACAGCGCUGUCCCGGCUCCCCGGCUUCGCGCCUCCGCCUCGAGGCAGCCAGGCGAGCGAGGACGGCCUCAAGAGCAGCAGUGACACCAACUCCCAGAUCAGUGGCGACAACACCUUCACAGUCUCGGACACCCACCCCCAGCUCACGGACAGCCUCCCCAGCACUGGCAAAACCUGUUUGCUCCCAGCCAAAAAGCAAAGAGACCACAGCCAAAACUAAGGUACCGGCCCCCAACAAGGCAGCUGCCGCCCCGUCACGAAGUACUGCCGUUUCCCCCGGGCGGGUCCCAGGGGGCAACAUGGGCUCUUCUGCUGGCAGCAAAGCCAAUCAGAAAACAUCAGUUCAGACAGCUCAGAGGGCGGGGCGAAAACAAGCAGUCACAUCGAACUCCAUCAAGCAGAGUCUAAAACCUGAACCUGCUCCAGCCCUGGCACCACAGAAAACCAGCCCCAACAUCAGAGCUGUUAAAACCGAGCCCAACGUCGGGAAGAAGGUCCCACAACAGAAAGGGAAAUGUGAGGAACCUUAUUUUGAAAUGAACAGUAAGAGGAGGCAGAAGACCUAACGGGCCAGCUUCAAACCAGCAUGCUGGUGACGCUCAGCUUUGUGUCAUAGAAAUCGUCAUUAAUCCUCAUGAAAUGUAUUUUUAUUUUAUUUUAUUUUAUUUUUUGGCCUAUUUUUUUUGUUAAUUGUCUGUAAUAUUUUUUUUUAUUUAUUUUUUUAAUCCAGAAGGGUUAAAGAUGCUUUAUUUGUGUUGUCUUUGUUGUGAUUCACUGGUCUCUUCCGAGGUCAUUUCAGUGUAGCUGAUUAACACUACAACUUGCACAAUGUUUACAUUUUUCACCCUUGUUACAUGUACAGCCGUUACAGAUACACUUUGUAUGAAAAUCGUGUUGAAAUACUAACCUCAUCUUUUUUUAACACACCACCAUCAUGACUUAGUAGAAUGCACUUAAGUGAGGCAUUUUCAGGACAAAGAUCAGUUGUUAUUGACAGAGGGAACCCAGGUAAAGCCACUUCUGCCCUGUUUUCCUCAGCAGGUUACCAAAGUUGUGACAUUUUUCACCUCGGUGAGAACUCUCAUUCCGCUGGUGGACAGUCCGAUCUAGAGCCUGUGUUUUGUUUUUAUUUUGUUUUGUAUCAAUAUCUCGGUCGGAGGUGGCAUCAUUAUGAACUAUCCUCCCUGUUGUGUGCCUUCAUCAGAAAUCCCUUGUUUCUGGGUGGCAUUAGAAUGUAUUAGAUGAUGGAGGGUUAAAGGUUAAUUUUUUUUUUUUUUUUUAACUGAUGAAAAUUGCACAAUGUGUAUGAGCACUCACAACUCUGGGUAGUCAAAGAAAAGCCCAAGUUGAUGAACUACUGAUCAAAUGCCUCUUUAUCUCCUGAGGCCCUCUUGAGGCCGACAUCAUUUUAGAGCAGAAUCUACUUGUAUAGUAUUUUUUUUUUUUUUUUUUUUAAAUAUAUAUAUAUAUGACUUCUAAUUUUUGUGCGUAUUAAAAAAUCUAGUUUUCUAUGUGCUGGUGUUUGUGUGUUUUAUAUAUGUAUAAACUAUAUCAUCAGUAAGGCUUUUGUUUUUUGUUUGGCACUUUACAGAAACCUGUUUUUGUCACAUUUUUGAAUGUUGAUUCUGUCGAUUGUGUCUCUUGUUUCAGCUGCUUUUGGUCAUUUUGAUUAAUAAAUGGACAAGUGGCUUAAAUAA